AUGGCAUAUACUCACCAAACCUAUCUUCCAACACCACUCACCCCUUCAAUGCCAGUAUGCGGUCCCCUUGCCGAUCAAUUGGAGCCACUGCCGAUUACACCCCCAGAUAUACCUGCAGCCUUUGACGAAAGGUCAUUCAAGCCGGACAGCAGGACAAUCAGGAAGGCCCUGCACGUGCUCGCCACCGAACGGCAGGCUCUGUCCCAUCUCGAAGACCUAUACAGCACUUCUGCAGAGGCACAAGAGUCUCUCCUUCGAGCUGUUAACCAGAUCAUCAACUCCGAGGCUCGACACGGAAAGACCAUCUUCACAGGCGUCGGGAAGUCGGGGCAUAUUGCAAAGAAGCUGGUCGCGACAUUUGUGUCACUAGGCAUCCAUGCAAUCUUUCUACACCCCAUUGAAGCUCUCCACGGGGACCUAGGAGUUGUUCGACACACUGAUACAGUUAUUAUGAUCACAUUUUCCGGGAGGACACCAGAACUCCUGUCACUUGUACCGCAUAUUCAACAUUGCAUCCCUCUGAUUCUCAUGACGGCGCAUCUGAGCCCCAUCACCUGCCCGCUUCUGUCGCACACGGCAAGACAAGGCGCUACGAAUAUCCUCCUUCCAACGACGAUCCACGAGACGGAAACUUCGUCGUUCGGAGUCUCGGCCCCAACAACUUCAACGACGAUCACCCUGGCCCUUGGCGACAGUCUGGCACUCGCGGUCGCAGACGAAUUGCACUGUUCUACUGGCGUGGAAACACCCGCAGUCUUCGCGUCGAACCAUCCUGGCGGUGCGAUCGGCGCCGCAUUCAAGUCAUCGACUCAGAACGUCCCGAAAAUGGCCGAUCUAGCGACCACGGUGUCGCAAGUGCCCAUAGCUUCGCCGCAAAUGGGUCAGCCGCUUCUGUGCUUCAAUGUCCUUUUAGCCGCGGUGAAGUCGCCGCGGGGUUUCGUCCGGACGUCAGCCAACCACAUUAUCGGCCCUCGACGGAUACAAAACCUACAAGAUCCCACUGCUCCAAUCUCGGCUGUGGAGGAUGAAUUUGGCAGAGUGGUGGUUGAGAGGACGGACUGGAUAUCCGUUCUCAACUCUACCACCGUCGAAGAGUGCAGGAGAUGGAUCCACCAGAUGCGAAACGAGGGCACUGGUCGAGGCAGAGACUUCCUCAAGCGAGGGACUCUGCUUGGCAUCGUCGAGCAUAACGAGGUCACGGGUGUCGUGGAGAUUGAAGAUGUUAUAGGCGAAGACUUUGCAUGA